GGGCCAAUAGCUACUUUUCUUACUCAGACGUUGUCAACAGUGGUCCAGGAAGCCGUGAACCAGGAAGUCGCCUGCUAAUUAGCAAACUCGGAAAAGCAAAACAACGGGGGAAAUGUUUUUUUUCGAACCAUUUACAUUUCUGCCAUGGUGUACGUACAGUUAUUUAUUGACUAAGGAAGAUAUUUUGGAUAAUUUUGUAACGCAUAUUGGACGUCAUUAUAUUACCCACACAGGAAUUGAAAAAGGUGUUGACAGCAGAAAUAACAACAUUAAACCACAAAGUCACACGCCAAGAGUGCACCAGUCGGUUAUGUGGGUGGUGACAUCAUCAGUUUCAGGUAAUGUACUUCCUGUUACUUCGCCGACUGUUAAAUACACAUUAAAAGCAAUAAUGAAUAACAUUCACAGUGACGUAAAACAAGGAAAUUGGUUCGAAAAUGUGGGCUUGGGCUUUGCACUACACCCUUAUUUAGACGUAUCAUAGUAACAAGACAGUAUAAACACGUACUCAGCUGCAGUUGAUACUGUAUAAGUCAUACAAUUCAACCCAUAUGGGUAAGAAUUCCUUCAGCAAAUUAUUAAGAUUGAUUAGUGAGCUGUUGAACCUCCUAUAGUGUGUCCAAUGGUUUCCAUGAGUGUCCUUUUGGACUGGGACGUUGCGUCAAAUGGGUCGAUACGUGAACUUUCUCACCGUGACUCAGCUUCUGUGUUGUGUCUUUAAACAAAAAGUUAAACCCUCGACUUUGAGCAAAACAAAAAUAAAUCCAUGUUAGUUCCUCCUUCCUCUUACCUUCAUGAUAUGGCAGCGUCAGGCUCCCAAGUUGAUGAUGAUGAAGAGGAGGAGGAUUUGGCUGCUGCAGGAAGACCAAAAUGUGCCUCUGCCUCUAGGCAUGUCCUGACCGGACUAUGAAGUGUGCAGAAAUAGCUUUAUAGAUCCAAACUCAUAAGAAAUAUAUCCCAAACUCUACUCUUAUGGGAAUCGGAGCUGUGAGGAGACAGGUCUGACACCCCUCCUGUCCUGAAAACACAGCAAAGUGGAAGGAGGAGGAGGGGGAGGGGGAGGGUGGCCUGCAUAGUGCCUGCAGAGUCAGACUUAACCCUUUCACUACCUCAUGCAACACACACACAGAUACUGCUUGCAGGUCAUAACAUUAGGUACACCAACACUUCAUAAUACUCACUUUUGAAAGUGUUGGAACUGCACUUUAUCGUACAGAAUUAUGCUGUUUCUAAUAAUACUUGUGGUGCAACUAAAAGCUGAUGUCUAUCAUCGGUGUACAGUGGUGUGUACACAGAUCAGGAAAGGGGCAAACACCCAUUAAAACAUAACUUAACUGUGGUUUAUCACACCUGCGUUGAAGUGGAAAAGGUUAUAAAGCCAUCUCUAAAGCUUUGGGACUCCAGCCAACCACAGUGAGAGCCAUUAUCCACAAAAGACGAAAACAUGGAACAGUGGUGAACCUUCCCAGGAGUGUCCGGCCAGCCAAACUGACCCCAAGAGCAAAGCGACGACUCAUCCAAGAGUUCACAAAAGACCCCACAUCAACCACAAGAAAGACACUGGACAGAAAUGGCCUGCGUGGCAGACUUCCAAGAUGAAAACCACUGCUGAACAAAAAUAACCUUAAGGCUCAUCUCAAUUUUACCAGAAAACAUCUUGAUGAUCACCAAGAAAAUACUCAACAAUUGGAAGGCGUGUGUCCCAUUACAUCUGGCAUAAAAGUAACAUUGCAUUUCAGACAUUCAAAACAUCAUACUAACAGUAAAAUAUGGUGGCAGUAGUGUGAUGGUUAGGGGAUGUUUUGCUGCUUCAGGACCUGGAAGACUUGCUGUGAUAAAUGGAACCUGGGUUCUACAGCAGGGCAAUGAUCCAAAACACACCAGCAAGUCCAACUCUGAAUGGGUGAAGAAAAACAAAAUGAAGACCAAGUCCUGACCUAAAUCCUAUUGAGAUGCUGUGGCAUGACCUUAAAAAGGCGCUUCAUGCUGGAAACCCCUCCAUUGUGGCUGAAUGACAACAAUUCUGCAAAGAUGAGUGGGCCAAAAUUCCUCCACAGCGCUGUAAGAGACUCAUUGCAAGUUAUCACAAACACUUGAUUGCAGUUGUUGCUGCUAAGGGUGGCCCAAGUAGUUAUUAGGUUUAGGGGGUAAUCACUUUUUCACACAGGGCCAUGUAGGUUUGGAGGUUUCUUUGUCCCAUAAUAAUAAAAAGUUUCAUUGUGUUUACUUGCGUAAUAUUUAAAUGUGUCUAUAAUUGUAAUUGACUGUAAUUGCUUUGUCACCGAUAACACAAAGGUAAGAUGUCAGUGUUUUCUUCAGAUAGUCUAGCAUAUAUAUAUACCUACAUUUGAUUGGUUUUUAGCAUCUUUAAUAUACAAAUCCUUCAAUACGUCCUUCAAUGUUUCUGUAUGCAGCCCUCGCUGAAAAGGAGUUUGGACAUAUGAACACAGUUCAUAAAGUGUAGAUCUUCAGGCCAGGGGUUGGUGACCUACAUCGCGUGGGCCGUAAACAUAUCACGACAGCACCCCAUUCUGUCUGCCAUGCAUUUUGAUCAGGUCAGUCGAGCUCAACUUCAUAGCUCCGGUCCCCGACACUCCCUCCAUCUGCCUUGGCGCCCCACGUCUUUAUUUCUUCUGAAAACAGAUGCCUGAGCAUUCUUUGUUUCCCAACAAAAGGCCUGCUGAGGUCAGGACAAGGAAGGCAAGGGAGGGGUGUGCAGACAAAAGGGGGAGGAGAAAGUGUGCGAAGGACACAUAAACAGAAGUUUUCCCUUUUUUUGUAAUGUGAUUUUUGUGGUGGGGCCGCACGGUGGUCAAGUGGUUAGCAUGUUGGCUACACAGUCAGGAGAUCAGAAAGAACUGGGUUUGAAUCUCCGCUUUGGCAUCUCUGAGUGGAGUUUGCAUGUUUUCCGUGUACUCCGGCUUCCUCCUACAUUCCAAAAACAUGAAUGUUGGGUUACUCCAAAUUAUCCAUAGCCUGUCCAAGGGUGUAUCUUGUCUCUCGCCCAAAGACACCUGGGAUAGGCUCCAGCAUAUCCCCGGCAUAGUAAAUGAAUGAAUGGAUUUGUGUGGUUAAAUUGUAAAACAUGACUCCCAUGUCACUCCUGUUUCUCUGCUGCCCUCUAGUGGCUGUAAAUGGUAAUGUCGCCUUGCAAGCAGAAUUGUGUUCAAGUGCAUGUUAUGUAAAAAUAAAAAAACAGCAUAUUUCACCAUAUUUCUAAAAUAUGAGACAGUUAAAUCUACGCAUGACAUUUGCACAUAAAUGCAGCAAAACAAAUAUUUCUGAAAAUUGACAAUAAAAAUUGAAUAAAAAAUUAAAAAUUCACAAUAAAACUGUCAUUGAACUUCCAAAAUGUUCAACUUAACAGAUAACAGUAUUUUCCCAAAGGUCUUGGUCAUGGCGGGAGAGCGGUUAGCGCGCAGGCCUCACAGCUAGGAGACCCGAGUUCAAUCCCAGCCUCGGCCAUCUCUGUGUGGAGUUUGCAUGUUCUCCCCGUGCAUGCGUGGGUUUUCUCCGGGUACUCCGGUUUCCUCCCACAUUCCAAAAACAUGCUAGGUUAAUUGGCGACUCCAAAUUGUCCAUAGAUAUGAAUGUGAGUGUGAAUGGUUGUUUGUCCAUAUGUGCCCUGUGACUGGCUGCCGACCAGUCCAGGAUGUACCCCGCCUCUCGCCCGAAAACAGCUGGGAUAGACUAAGUGGUAGAAAAUGAAUGAAUGAUGAUCUGAAACAUUUAAGUGUGACAAACAUGCAAAAGAAUAAGAAAUCAGGAAGAGGGCAAACACUUUUUCACAUCACUGUAUAUAAUGUGCAGUAAAAUAUUGCAAGUACUUGCUUUUUGUAUGACAAGUUUUAAUAGAACAGACAGUUGACUUCAGUGGAAUUACUGGAUGAACAAUGGCCGCCUGCCAAUGGCCUGGCUCAGAGCCUGUUGCUGAUAAAUCGUCAUUUUUGGGGGAGGAGCUAUUGUGAGUUGUGUUACAUCUCCACUAAUACUUAUUUCAUAAAAUUCCACUGAUUUGUAUAAACAAAUGAUACAUCGUCUCUCAACGCAGCUUUUCUAUAUUUACUCCGGGCCUUGCACCCACUCACUUUAACUGCCAGCUAUUAGUCUUAUGUGUGACGCCCUCGGUAGGCUGGACAUAAAACAUGAUGUAAUUAUAUCUGAGUCGUUUAUUUUCCCAAGCACAAAUAGUUCAUUAGGAGGAGGCAAUAAUUGGAAGAGGGGCUGGUAUUUCCCUAGUGGGACAUUCCUACAAUUUGGUGCCAUUUGCACCCCCCCUUGUACAUGUACAUGUACAUGUACAUGUACAUUAUGUACAUGCUAUGUUUUGUGUAAGUCAUGGAACAACAUCACUUGUCUGUGUAGCAUUAUUGAGUGUGCAUACAGGGAGUGGGGUUGCUAAUACCCAAUCAGUGGCUCUACCCAAGUUUUUUAAACACUGUCCCGCAAAAAACAUUAGAUAUUACCAAUGCUGUAGAAAACCUCGCUCUAAAAUGCUAAUGUUUCUUGAGAAACUUGGGACUGUCCAUCUCUACUUCCAGAUCGGAUUCAGGAUCCAACACAUGUGACUGUAUGUUAAAAGCAGAGUGGGCGUGCCUGGAGGCGGGCCGUGAGUGGAAUACAUUAAAACAGGCAGUUUUUGCGGGGAACCACGGAAUCCAAAGAAAUACAGCUGAAUAGGUGCAGAUUCUGGAAAAAACUAGAGAGCUUUCUGUGCUGGUUAUUGUGUGUAGCUGCUCUAUAGGAGCCCACAACUCAAUACAAAGGGCAGAAAAACGAGCAUAUUAACUUACUCCUCCAUUAUCACAUCUCCCCACUGCUACUCACCUCUUCCUCCCAACUACAGUCGAGCUUAUCAUCUUAUCAGCCAAUCAGUGGCUAUGUUUACAUGCAGUAAAAUAACCGUAUCAUAACGGGAAUAUUAGCAAUAACCCGGUUGUGCAUGGCCAUGUAAACACCAAAAACCCUUUUGAAAAAACAAAAUAUGUUCAUAUAUUCCGGUUUUUGAAAAAACAAAAUAUGUUCAUAUAUUCCGGUUUAUGAAACCCGAAUGACGUUCUCCGUGCAUCGCUGUUUUGAUCGUGAUAUGCCAACUGUUUACAAUUACCAUGUAUACAGGAAUAACCCUGUUUGCUGAGGCAUGUAAACGGGUUAUUCCGAAUGUUUCAGAAACCGGAAUGUAGUUUACAUGACUGCAUGUAAAUGUAGCGACUGUCCACUACAGGAAGUGACAGAUUGUUGUUUUUUUUACUCCCAAUAACUCAAGCACAAGAAAACCAAUGCAUAAAAACAGAUUUGAUGAAAAGACAACUCACAUACAGAAACUAUAAAGUUAGAGAUGAAAAAAAUAAUCACACUAAACAUGACUGUAAUUCAUUUAAUUUGACAUCCCUAACAUUAGCUAUCACUUAGUAAACAUAAGAUAAUGAUAUAAAACUGCAAGUACAUCUUGUAGGAAUUAGAAUUCCAUUCAUGUCUUUACGGUGUUCCCUCUUCAGACCCUUUUUUUUUCCUGAGGCGAAAGUAUCCAAAAUGACAAAGAAACAAACACGAUGUCAUAAAUAAUUGAUGUUGUAGCAGCACACUGACGCUGUGGAAAAAAACCCUCCUUAUCAUAUUUGGUGAAUCAUAGCGCACAGAGUGAGCUGUUUCUCUCUGCAAGUCGUGAUCACUGCAGAGCACGAAUUGAUUUUUGUGUCACAUCAUUAGGUACACCUGCAGUGGUUACUGCAUCAUAGUGAGAGAUGUUUCUAAUACUAUGCUAGUGAAACUAAACAAGGUAUCUCAUUAGAUUGUGACGACAACAUAGAGUGUAAAACAGACAAUGAUGCUCAGGUGUUUCAUUCUUCCCGUAUCCAUGACGACAUGGAUGCGGGCAAUUAUCUCAGUCUCCUCGACUGACCCAUAACGAGACUGCAAAACACUCAUUACGUGUGAACUAAUCAGACCGAAAUCAAACUGGAAGACGAGGGCUUCUAUAAAAGGAAUGUGUUCCCUGGAUGACACCGGAUGACGCAAAAAAGUGGGUGUAUAAAAAGCCCACACUCCGCUCCGCUCAGCGCACACAUGGGGAGACAAGAGAGCCAGGCUCACAGAUUCUGACACCGAUGUCCGGCACCGAACACUGAACAAAAGCCGAAGAUGAACACAACUGAGAAGUUCCACCUUCCUGUUGAUGGCGUCCUCGAAAUGUUCAACACCUUCAGCAGACAUCACCGGUCUCAAAGCCCGACUCUCACGCCUGUCCUCCAGCAGCAGCACCCAAAGGUGUUAUCAAAGACAAGCAUGGGUCUCCUGGAGACAGUGAAGGGGCGCUGGAGGCAGCAGGACAAGAGAGCAGUGGCCAGCGUCUCCAGUGACCCGCUCCCCCACAGGUGUGCAGCUGCGCCCUGCAGCACGGGCGCGAUCAAGUCCAGGAACUGUCACAGAAUAGUGGUGCUCGGUGCACCCCGGGUGGGCAAAACCAAUGUGGUCAGGCGCUUCUUGGGGGAAGACUUCCAAGAGCAGUAUGAACCCACUGCAGAGGACUUUCACAGGAAGUUGUUCCACAUUGGAGGGGAAACCUACCAAGUCGACCUCCUGGACGCCUCCAUGGAGAGAAACUUCCCGGCAAAACGGAGACUCUCCAUACUGACAGGUGACAUCUUCCUGCUGGUCUUCAGUCUGGAUGACAGAGAGUCCUUCAGUGAAGUUUGUGAGCUCCUCGGUGAGAUCAGAGCUGCAAAGACAAAGCUGCUGAAGUUCAAACGCCCGGCGAGAUUGCCAGUGGUUGUUUGCGGAAAUAAAGCCGACCUGGCCGCUCAGAGAGCUGUCAGCCGGUCCGAGGUCGCCGAGGCCCUCACUCAGGAUAUCACGUUCGUCGAAACGUCUGCCAAGCGCGGCACCGGACUGGAGGCCGUGUUCAAGGAACUUGCCAUCAUGGGCGGCUUGCCCGACGAGACCAGCCCGUCGAGGCAUCAUCUGGUCUCCAUGGUCACCUACCAGUCUCUGUGUGCGAGCCAGUGGGGUCGCAGGCGGAGCCGCACGCCCUGCGCCGUCGUGGACUCCUUGGUGCGCCGGCCCAGCUUCGGCAGCGACCUGCGACUGGUGCUUGGAUCAAGCACCAAAGCCAACAAACCCGAGAGGUGUCAGAUUCAAUGAAUUAUGAUCACCUCUCCAAAGAAACCAAUUGUAGUAGUAUGCUGCAAUGUUGUAUUAUGUAAGGAGUUAUACUCUGUAGCACCUGGCUGGACCAGUGCGUUCCUACUUUUGUAUACACGUCAUUGUGCUAUAAUAAACAUUUGUCGCUGUG